CAACUUACAGAGGUUCUGCUGUAUUUUAUAACUAAAAACAGGGCAACUUCACUGCAGGGAAGGCUGGAGAUGAUGGCACUCAUUACGUCUCAUUCUGUCUCGUUGAUCCCGUGCUAUGCAAAUGACAGAGCUAUUGGUGUUAGGUAAACUCUUGUUUUCUUCCUUCAGGCUGAUGUUGGGGAACUACACUCCUUUCUCCACGUAUUGGGAUAAUACAUGCAGCCAAGAAAUAAUGUACUUUUAAUUGAAAUGGCCAGGGGAGUCAUGACUUUUACAGAGACCCAUGAGUUUUUCGCCCCCAAGAUCCACGUGACAUGUUCUAAUGACUGGGCAGUUUUUCUGUGUUCCUGACAUCUUUAGUCCAUGAAUUGUGACUUCCUUCAGGUCCAGAGACUUUUUAUCCCAUUGCAUCAUCACUCUUUCUGAAUUGAAGUUGACUUCUCCGAGGAACAUUCCCCUAUUCUUUUUCUACUUCUGUUAAUUUUGUUCCCAAAUGAACCAACGGGGGCUUAAUCACUAUUUAACUUUACUGUUAUCACCUUGUCUUAUGCCUGCAGAUGGGAGAUAGAAUGGGACUAGACGGUGACAUAACAAAAGGGACCACCCUGAUUAUCCAUUCAUUGGUGAACCUGUUCAUUUGUUCUUUCAUUUACUAAGCAACUGCUACGUGUCAGGUACUGUUUCCAACACUGUAAAUCUUUUCCUUCAAGGAGCUUAUGGUGCAACAGAGAGGGGAUAGAUUCAAGGAAACCAGCAAAAUGCACAGUGAUAGAGCUAAAGUAGGCAUUUAGCACCCGGUGGCCUAAAAGCAUCAUAUGGAGUGUCCUGCUCAGCCUGGAGAGUUAGAGAAGUCACCUGGAGCAGGUGGCAGCUAAGACAAAUCUUGGAGAAUACAUAGGAGUUAGUUCAGUGACCAGGGUGGAAGGUAGCAGGGGGUUUCUGAGCAGAGGACAUUGCCUGUGUAAAGGCCCAGAGAAUACACAUGAGGUGGGAGUGUCUUUCAGGAACUGCAACUAUUUUAGCAUUAGGGGAGUGCAGCGUACAGGGAUGGAUCUUGUGGCUAGUGUGAGUGCUACUUACAAACACCAAAGACAAAUGAAAACAACCCAACAAGUUCGACUGUCCUGGGCAGGACAUACAUUCUUGCAUCUACCACAGACCCUCCUCCUUUUCAUUGUUCUACCCUAUGCUAAUUUACUUUAUUACCACCUGGCGCAUGUCGGCAUUUAAGUUUAGGAUCCCCCUACCUCUGGUCCUAGACAAAAUACCAAGUUCAAACAAUCUCAGUCUCCAUGUCUGGUAUGAAAGGAAAGGAGACUAGCUUUGUGAAUGCCAUUGUAAGAUCCUACCAACCAGGAGAGCCCAGGACAAUUACUCACAUUCAUUAUAAGAAGGGUCUAUUUCCUUGUUGAACAAAAUGGAGCAUAGGAGUAUAAAGACAAAUAUUUGCAAAGGUCAUAAUAUAUGCCAAGUACUAUGCUUAGUUCUUUUAUGCCAGGUCAUUCAACAGAGGAAGAUAGUAAUUUAUUCAAGAAAUAACAAAAGGGGCCACCCUCACUCAUUCAUUAAUUCACGUACGCAUUCAUUUGUCCAGUCAUUUACUAAGCAACCGCUGUAUGUCAAAUACUGUUUCCAACACUGCAGAUCUUUUCCUUCAAGGAGCUUAUGGUGCAACAGGGGAUCGUUUAAGAGGUCCUGGGUGCAUGUAUAUAAUUAAAUUCAUAAUUUAUAAAGUGAUCUUGUACAACUUAAAAUAUAUUAUUUAUGCAAGGAGCACUUUAAUGUUUAAUGCAAUCAAAUAAACACCUGAUAACAUUUAUGGAGGCUCAUUUCUGUGCUAGGUUCUGUGGCUCCCUGGCAAUACAGCGUUCGUGUGGUUCCUGCCCUGGAUCAUCCACUCCUGUGGGCUGCAUGAUAGCACAGAUGACUAUCUCUGCCUGGUUUUCUGAGUCGUCAGAUUUGAGUCAUCCAGGGAUUAAAGGAAACCUUGAGUCAGCCAUUUGUAACCCUGGCAAACGUUAACAGGAUGCUCGGCUGGCCUGGCAGGUUGUUUUCCCUGCUCACAUCUGGCAAGCAUCCCUGGAUGUUAAGCCACGACAAGAUUCUAGUUACAACAUUUUGAUCAGCUGCAAAACUGGGCAACCACACGAGGGUCACAACAGAAAGAUUACAGAAGGAGUCUCACAAUUUGGAAAUAAGAACCUGACUGAGUGUAGAGUUGAGCAGCCAGUCUGUGGUCCACGCACACACCUCCAGAGGAAUUUAGCAUCCAGAGACUAACAUUACUGGGAAAGCUGCCCACAGCGCGUGCUCCACUCAGGAAACACCCAGAAGUUGUGGUUCUACUCAGGAUUAACCAAGAAGCCAUGAAAUCCUUUAGUGAGGGGGACUUAGAAGACUGCCUGCUGAGUGAGGUGGACUUGAGGCGCCAGCGGAUUUCCCAGUCUGUGGAGGAGGUACAGAAAGUCGUUCAUCAGUUGACCACAGAAAUCAGCCACCAAGACAUUAGGUUUCAAGCCAUGCCAUACUCAGAUUUGUACAAUAGGAACAUCAAGGUUUUGGCCCCCAGCCAGUUCCUUGUCACAGUCCCUGUAAGAGGCCUGGCGGGGUACAGGGAAGCCCGGGGGCAGCGCUGGCGCUACUACACGCUGCAGGGCGGCAGGCUCCCCUGCCCCCUGCAGGCCCCCGAGGCUCUGCAGCAGUGGCUGGAAGUGGAGCAGUUUGUGAAGAGCCUUUGGCAGUGGCGUGAGUCCGAUGUGAGCAUCGAGGGGGACAUUGUGCCCGCCAAGGUCCUCCAGGUGUUCCGGAAGCUGGUAGAAAAUGCGAUCAGAACCUGUCACCUCUCAGGUAAGGUCAGCAUGCUAGCAAUCCGCUCUGCGGUCUGGGUUGCCGUGGAAACUUGUGUGUGUCAGGUGGAGCUGGAGCUGGUCCCUGUGGUGGAGAUCCCCACCACCUGGUCGGAGAAAGCCCGGUGGCCUCGGUGUCUGAAGCGCUGGCCCUCCCCGGAGAGAGUGGAAUGUAUCAAGUCAUUUGGGUUUAACUUGCUGGCCCGCUCCAAUUAUCACUGGCAGCUGAGUUUCCUCCAGGCUGAGCAGGUGCUGCUGGAGCAGCUGGACGAGGACGGGGGCUGCCGCCGGAAAUGCUUUCAGGUCAUGAGGCAGCUGAAGGAGGACGUCUGGUGCCCAGGGAAGAGGCCCGUCCUCACGUCCCACCACCUGCAGACGGUGCUCUUUUGGACCUGUGAGAAAUAUCCCCACUCGAAGGACUGGCAGGCAUUCCGCAAAGCCUUCCUGCGCCUGGUGAGGAAGCUGCACAAGUGCGUGAGCCAGCACUUCCUGAAACACUACUUCGUCCCGGACAGCAACCUCCUCCAGUACGCCAACUCGGGGGAGCUGGACGCAGUGGCCCAAAAGUUGGCCUUCUUCCUGAAGGACUCGCAGGUCAGCCUGCCCUGAUGGCUUCCCGGCCUGGGUGGCUCUUGGACUUUUCAUUCUGGCUUGACCUCGCAUUCUGGAUGGUUCCUACAUCAGGUGCCAGGAGAGAGGCAACACACGGCAGAGGGAUAAGGGGGAGGAAGCUGUGCCCCGCGGUGUCUGACCCACGCCUCCUCCUGGGACCCAAGCAGGCAUCUCAGCUACCUCUCGUGGGGAUGGCUCUCCUCAAGCUUCCCUAAGCCACAGAUUCCAAACUGAUGACAGUUCUGAAUUUAUUUUCCCUUGUUCAGGCUUUGACUGCCUGACAGGGAGGAUGGAGACAGACCCUCUGGAAGGCUAGACAUUAGCCUACUCGCCAAGCCCCCAAACAUGGGCUCCCUGGGCCUCAGAUCAGGGCUGUGAGCCUGUAGCACUGUGAUGCCGCCUUUUCAAGGGGAAGGCCUUGGAUCAACAGAAAGUGUUACUGGCUGGUUGAGUAACUGGUUUGCCUCCUGGGUCAGGGCCACAGCACUGAGGAGCUGAGUAAGCAUGCCGUGCUCCCUUGCUGCCCUGGGCGGUGGUUCUGUCUGCUUCCCUGGUGUUCUUUAAGCAGGGAGGGAGUAGUUCUGAUGGUGAGAGUCAGUCCAACAUGACAGGGCAGCCCAGCCACAGCCUUCUUUUUGCUUCCUAGUAUUUAUGUAGUAAACUCAGUGCUGUGAUCUGCAUGGAAUGACCUGGGCGUGGCUUGCCUGGCUGUAUAUUCCUUUACUCACUUCACUCAUUCAGUGGUAAACAAAUGUCUGUUCAGCACUUGGAAUACAACAAAGAACAAGAUGGACCUUCCCGGUGGGAUGACACCUAAUGGUGGAGACGGGAAAUGAACAGAUACAUCAACAUUAUACUACCUAGGGGAGCCAGGGCUCUGAAGGAGGCAAACAGUGUUGAAAUACAGUCACAGAAAGACCCACGGGAUGAAAAUGACAGUAGCGGAAAGGGGAGGAAAAGUGACCCAAGGACAGCCCUGGAGGGGCCAGCAGGAGUCAGGUCACCUGGCCUAGUAAGGGCAGGAGAUCAAAGGUGUGACAUUUGGCUCUCUGGAAGCAGCUGGGUAUCAUGAUCUGACUUGCAUUCUAAAUUAAUGUUCUGAUAACUGCCUCAAGAGCACCUGGGGGCUCCCGUGAGCAUCCAGGGCACUACGGUCACCCUUCUGGGGUCUUGCUGAGCCAGACAAAGCUACACUCCCAUGCAGCACAAAUGACCAGUAACUCAGGAGGCCCUGGGAAGCCCAGUGGUUUUUUCUGGCACUUACUUAAUGCUUCUUAGCUCAAGGAACUCCUUUAUCACUUUGGAACAUUUCCCCCCAAAUAUGUAUGGCAAAGUGAAUUUUCUAAAACAUGAACUACUGGUUUUAUUGUGAUGAAAAUCCCCAUUUGGAAAUGAAAAUAAUUACUUUUCAAAACUACUGUAACCAAAUGGUGGGGCCCUACAGCUGUCACAUAGGAAAUCAUGGUUUUAUUAACAAAAAGUUGGAGAAAAAAAUCUUUCUAAACUUACAAUGAACAAACCAGUGUUUUGUUAAAACAUCUAAUUCUCAUAUUCUUGUAUCUCAGGAAACAUUGUUUUUGAGAAGAUGGUAAAUGUAACAGGUUUUUUUUCUUUUCAUGAUGAAAACAUCUUAAGCAAAUUUUAAAAGAGCUAUAUACACACACACAAAUAAAAUAAAAUAAAUGAGCUACACA